GCUCCCGGCCACCCCUCCCGAGCCCGCCCCGAGGGGAACGCUGUUCCCCCGGGUCGGGGCAGCCGCGGUGCCUCGUCCCGCGGCCCCCCCCGAGCAUCGCCCAUCGCGGGGGCGCGGUGCCGGUACUCACUGUCCGCAUCAGUUCACUGAACCGGCUCGCAGCGCCGGGGCAUCGCGCAGAGCCCCGGGCGUCCCGCAGCUCGGCGGGGCUCGGGACCGGGCAAAGUAAUCCCGUCUGCGCUAAACUCCAGGAGAGCCGCUCCCGGAGCCCGGCUUUGCCUCUCGUCCCGGCUGCCCGGGACGUUUUUCCCCAGGAAGGCAGGAAAAGCUGCCCAGAAGAAGCUGCGCCCAACCGAAGAUGUUAGAGGAGGCGAAGGGGGGUGGCUUUUUGCCCGCUGCGUGCCUCCAUGCCUGUCAUUCCCUUGUCUUAAUCCUUUAGGAAGGAGUCGCCAGGCAGACGGAGCGUUCCUGGAGGGGCGAUGCUGCCGAGCCCUGCCCCGGGCAGAAGGAAGCCGGGAGAUGCGUGGCCCGGGGCGGGCUGCGGGAGAGAAUGAGGAGCUGCCUCCGCCUGCGCCUUUCCGAGAGGGAAAAAGCAUGGUAAGAGCUGGACCCGAUCCCUGGAGCGCAACCCCGCUGAGCAGGAGGUGGGAUUAUUCCGGAGUAGUUAUGGAGAGCUAUAACCUGGCAGUGGAGUGUUAAAGCGACUUGUCCCUGCUGGAAGAGGAACCCACUGAGGGCACCGCCGGCGUUGUGGCCGAGGGAAGGCCACUCACGUCCUUCUCCUCCUCUCGCCCUUCUUUUUGCAUCCAGCGAACGGCAGUAGAAAGAACUGGUAGUCGGCUCUUGCCAGUGUUGGGAAAAUACCGUGCCUUUUGCCUGGGAUGAUUUGCCCUGAUGUGCCACUUCCACGGGAUGUACAAAGUGCGACUGGAACUGAUCUGGCCAACAAAGUUUGCAGAGUGAUCAGCAGGGGCCGUGGGAUGGAGGGAGCUGGGCACGCACCAGCAUGGUCCGUCACACACGGUCUGACAGCACAGACCUGCUGCUCCCUUGAAAACUAACUCCUUGAUGGUCCAACUCUUACUUUUCCCCUGCCAAUUUGCACUUUCAGGGACCCCCCCCCAUGCAAUGCGGUGUUCCUGUGCUGGUUUUGUAUAUAAAAUUUGCUAUGCAAUUACAAAACUAAAAGAGGAGGAGAGACGGCCCUGCAUCCCAGAGCAAACAGAGAAUCAGAGGUAAAAGGUAAAAGAGUUUGAAACAAUGUGAAGAUUUCCUUUCUGACACUGCCAAGAAACAGAGAACUGAUGCAUUUUGUAACAGGAACCUACUGAGGAGAAAGGAUGGAGUGUUUCAUCAGCGAGACAUUUAGGGAACUAGUGAAAAGGCACUUUGUAUAAUACGCUUCAGUAAAUAUGAAGGGCUAGUGCAAUGGACACUGGAAACACUCGAUCAAUAGUCUAUUUAAGUGGGAAUAUAUGCAAGCAUGGAAAAGUGAUUGCUUUCCUGUCUAUGGGGUGUGUUUGGAGAGGACAGCAGCAGAACAUUUGCAGGUGAGCUGUCUGAGUUAAGCUACUUCAUGCUGGGGUGGUGCAGUGUGUUUCUGAAGGGAUUGCUAAAAAACCCAGUCUGUAGGGUGGACUGUGUUUAUGCAUUUUCAGUUCCUGCUCGCAGAGCUUUCAGGAUGUUUUUCAGGAUAAUUCAGAUUGGGUGAGAUCCAUCUGGGGGUGAAGGGACUAUAAGAAAGGACCUUUGGUCUGUUUGGUGAUGAGUAAUUAAUGGACGUCUGAUGUCUUUGAUCUCUGCAAGGCGAGGAGCUGAUGUCGUCAUGAAAAUCAUGAUAUGAUUUUCCCUCAGGAGAAACUAUGACUUGGAACGACACCACUAUGGACGGGGAAGGGUUGCUGGCGGAAAGGGACUCCUCUUCCUUUCGGAUCCUCACAGGCUGCUUCCUCUCGCUACUGAUCCUCUCCACGCUGCUGGGAAACACGCUGGUCUGUGCAGCUGUCAUUAGGUUUCGCCACCUCAGGUCCAAGGUGACCAACUUCUUUGUCAUCUCCUUGGCUGUGUCAGAUCUCUUAGUGGCAGUUUUGGUCAUGCCUUGGAAAGCUGUGGCUGAGAUUGCCGGUUUCUGGCCUUUUGGUUCAUUUUGUAACAUCUGGGUGGCCUUUGAUAUUAUGUGCUCAACAGCCUCCAUCUUAAAUCUCUGUGUCAUUAGUGUGGACAGAUACUGGGCCAUCUCCAGCCCAUUUAGGUAUGAGAGGAAAAUGACCCCCAAGGCAGCCUUCAUCAUGAUCAGCGUGGCGUGGACUUUGUCCGUGUUGAUUUCCUUCAUCCCCGUGCAGCUGAACUGGCACAAGGCUACAACCACAAGCUUUUUGGACUUAAAUGCCAGCUUACAAGGUGUAAGCACGGACAACUGUGAUUCUAGCCUAAACAGGAUGUAUGCCAUCUCCUCUUCUCUAAUUAGUUUCUAUAUACCUGUGGCCAUCAUGAUAGUGACUUACACGAGGAUAUACCGGAUUGCUCAGAAGCAAAUUCGACGCAUCUCAGCUCUGGAGAGAGCAGCAGUGCACGCAAAGAACUGCCAGAACACGAGCGGCAACAGGAGCAGUAUGGACUGCCAGCAGCCAGAGAGCAACUUCAAAAUGUCCUUCAAGAGGGAAACAAAGGUUUUAAAGACUCUGUCAGUGAUCAUGGGGGUGUUUGUGUGCUGCUGGUUGCCAUUUUUUGUAUUGAACUGCAUGAUUCCCUUCUGCGAGCCUACCCAGCCAUCCAAGGGAGCAGAGGCUUUCUGCAUUAAUUCCACCACCUUUGAUGUUUUUAUAUGGUUUGGAUGGGCAAAUUCUUCCCUCAACCCCAUCAUUUAUGCCUUCAAUGCUGACUUCCGCAAGGCAUUUUCGACCCUGCUGGGCUGCUACAGGCUCUGCCCGAUGUCUGGCAAUGCCAUAGAGACUGUGAGCAUUAACAACAAUGGGGCAGUAGUUUUUUCAAGCCAACACGAGCCCAAAGGGUCCAGCCCCAAGGAGUCUAAUCUGGUUUAUCUGAUUCCACAUUCAAUUAUCUGUCCCGAAGAAGAACCUCUCAAAAAGGAAGAAGAGGGUGAACUAUCUAAGACCUUGGAGAAAAUGUCUCCAGCACUGUCGGGUAUCUUGGAUUACGAAGCUGAUGUUUCUUUGGAAAAGAUCAAUCCCAUUACACAAAAUGGGCAGCAUAAAGCCUGAACAGUAAGGUUUACUAAGCAAGACCCAACAGUGUAUACUGUAAUAAUCUUUUGGGGAAAAAUACAAGAUUUUUUUGGUAAGAAACUAAGCUCUAGGGAGAAAAAUACACAUUUACACCAAGCCCAGAAUUAAUUUUCCUGGCAUUCAAAGCAAAUUUAACAUUUUAAACAAUAAACACAAAAAGAUACUGGAAACUGGUUUUAAAAAAAAAUGUUAAACUGUACUGUUCAUACUGAGGAAAUUUAGAUACAGUGCAGUGACAAAGAAAAUAUUGCUUCUCUACACAGAGAAACCAAUUUUCAGCUUAAAAUGAGGCAAAAGAUAAAUGUUGAGUAUUUAAAGAUUAAUGUUUACUAGAAGUAAAAAGAUUGCUGUGUCUUGUGAUAGUGGGUGUUAACAGGUCCUAAUUAAAGACUGAGAGAUUGUAAAGGUAGGUAGAUGCCUUCUUAAAAUUAUUUCUGAAAAAUAAUUGAGCCUUAUAAUGAGAAUGGUUAUUUUUAAAGCUUUGGGAGGUAAUAUGUUGAUACUGGUUUUAUUUAUUUAUUGUUUUAAAUUGAUAUUUUUCAUAUGUUAUAACAGAUCUAGCUUUAUUUAUGUUAUUUAAGAUGUCUAAAUAAUGGGAUAUUUUUGGAGUGUCAUAACUGCAUUUUGACCAGUCAACCAGUCAGCACUUUAUUACAAGCUCGGAUAGUCUGGAGAGCUGGUGAGGGGAAUAGAGGAAUGUUAAGAAGCUCAGCAAGAAAUGAAGGAAUCAACUAAACCGAUGCUGUGUGGAGUUCGUUUGCUUGUGGGCUUUUUUUAUUUUUAAGUGGGAUUUCUUUCAAAAGAUAGGACCAGCGUUGACUGAGUUGUGAAUUCUCUUCCCUUAUAGAAAUAAAAGAAAUUGCUGCUAUUUAUUUUUAAAAAGUUUCAUGUUACAAAGACUUUGCUAGAAUGUCAAGUUUGUGGAUCUGUAAAUACCUAAAAUAUGACUACAACCUUAAGAAGAAUCCAAUUUGGGAAGGAGAGCGUCUUAGAUAACAAUUCUUAGUAUAUAAUGUUUUGUAUUUAUGUAAGAUAAACAGCUUUCUCAGACUUUUCUUAUUUCAAGUCUUGGAUAUCUUUUCUGAACAAACACAAUGGGUUAUAAUGGUAGUAAAGAUGCCAAACGUCGUUGUCACUGGUGUUACUGCAGGACCACCCGGGUCAUUCUGUCUGUCUGCUACUCUAUCACGGUCAGAACUGAAACGUGAGGUACCUGGUGCUUUACUUUGGGAACCGGGAGGACAUUACAUUUUAGUAAUUGCCGUGUCAAUAGUCCGUUCAAUAAGGAAUAGUGCCUCAUUACCAUUUUGGAUUAAGACAUUUCGAAAUAUGGAUGGAACUGCAGCCCCCACCUCAAAAUCCUCCUGUGAACUCCAAAAAAGUUGCCAAUGUUUGAUUAAAAAAACCUGCUACUUCUCCAUUGUCCUUCCCUGCUGCUUCCCUUUGUAAUGCCAAAAGCAAUCGGUGAGCAUUAGCAACAGGAACAUUGGGUGUUAAUAGUCAGCAGCGUUCAAAGAAAUCGAUUUCUUUUCUGAAUGACAGAAAAUACCCCUUGGAGCAACUUUUUCAUAACAUAUAUCAAAAAAAUGUGUUUUCAGGAAAAGAGAACUGAGAGAAAAAAAAAUUUAACAAACUAUAUACAUCCUGCAUCAGGUCUGUGUAUUUAUGUAUUGUGAAUGUUUUCAUAAUUUUAUUGCCUGUAUGCUGCUUUCAUACAUAUAAUAAAAUUAUUUUGUGAACAGAAGGUCAAAUAAAACAAUCUACAUUGCAUUUAUUAAA